AUGAGCUGGCGCCCCUGCAGCUGCGAAACACGGCCUUUCUCCUGCUCUAGCAGCUCUUGCUCCUGCAGCUCCAGCGCGCUGACAGCCGCCGGGCGCCCUCGCUGCCCAGACGGUUGUAAAGAAGAAGGUUUUACUUUUUCUGGCAAAAUGAAGUGUGAUUUUAAUURUAACCAUGUUCAUUCUGAAUCGAAACUGGUAAAACCAGAUGAAAGUGGAAGACAAGGCUCCUACACUCCUGCAUAUUUAGAAGGUUCUUGUAAAGACUGCAUUAAAAACUAUGAAAGGUUAUCAUAUAUUGGGUCACCAGUUGUGAGCUAUAGGACUAAAGAACUUGAACCUAAAAGCAAACCCUUGCAUAACAAAGAAAAUCAACAUGUGCAACAAACACUUAAUAGUCCCAAUGAAAUAGAAGAACUGGACACCAGUAGACUUUGUGAAGACAGUGGGUAUUCCUCCUUUACUCAGCAAAGUAUCCUCAAUGAAUAUGAAGAGAGUAGCUUUUCACUCGAGGAAGAUUUCAGAAACAGCCCACAGUCCUGCCUACUACAGACACAAAGCCCAGAAUAUCCCAACAAAAACUUGCUGCCAGUUCUUCAUUUUGAAAAAGUGGUUUGUUCAACAUUAAAAAAGAAUGCUAAGCGAAAUCCUAAAAUAGAUCGAGAAAUGCUGAAGGAAAUUAUAUCCAAUGGAAAUUUUAGACUCCAGAAUAUAAUUGGCAGGAAAAUGGGCCUAGAAUGUGUAGAUAUCCUUGGUGAACUCUUUCGAAGGGGACUCAGACAUCUCCUAGCAAAUAUUUUGACACAGCUCAGUGAUAUGGACUUAAUCAAUAUGUCCAAAGUGAGCACAGCCUGGAAGAAGAUUCUAGAAGACGAUAAGGCAACAUUCCAGUUAUACAAUAAAGCAAUGCAAAGAGUUACUGAAAACAGCAUUAAGUGUUCACCACAUGCUUCAACCAGAGAAUAUGUUAUGUUCAGAACUGCAUUAGCUUCUGUUCAAAAAUCUGCAACACAUAUUCCUCCCGCCAAAAGUGUGCAAACAAAGUUAUCCAGUCAACGUGAUCCGAAAAGUUCUACUUACAGUCGGCACAAUGAAUUCUCUGAGGUUGCCAAGACUUUGAAAAAGAACGAAAGCCUCAAAGCUUGUAUACGCUGUAAGUCACCUGCAAAAUAUGAUUCCUAUUUACARCGUGCAACCUGCAGAAGGGAAGGCUGUGGAUUUGAUUAUUGUACAAGGUGUCUGUGUGAUUAUCAUUCCACCAAAGACUGUGUGAAUGGCAAGCUCCUGAAAGCCAAUUGUAAAAUGGGUCCUCUUCCUGGUACAAAGAAAAGCAAAAAGAAUUUACAAAGAUUGUGA